AUUCCGUUAUCGCAUUGUCCCAGUGAUCGCGAUUGCCGAAAUAUGCCACGUUUCUUCUUCUUUUUUUUUGUUUAAUUUUGAAAGUCAAUGCAAUUUGAAAGUCUCUCUCGGUUGGAUAUCAAAUGUUACAUUACGGAAGAUGGGUAACAAAUGACAUCCGUCGGAUGCAGCUGUUUGUCGCCACCUUGUUUUGGCGGUAAACUGGCGGAUAAGCGUGGCCAUAGCGUGGGCAACGUUGAGCGUGGCAUUGUUCGGCAUCGAACUGCGAGGAAUUCGUGAAAGACAGUGAAAAAAUAAUAGGCUUCAUUAUGUCAGGAAGCGUAUUGAAGUUCGCGAAACUGUCGGAUAAUGCCUUUGUACCGACCAAGGGCUCGGAGUAUGCGGCAGGUUACGAUUUACGAAGUGCAUACAAAUAUAUUAUACCAGCUCGUGGCAAAGAAUUAAUCAAGACUGAUUUACAAAUAGAAGUUCCUUUUGGUACAUAUGGUAGAAUUGCACCACGAUCUGGCUUAGCACUGAAAAAUCACAUAGAUGUUGGUGCAGGUGUAAUAGAUGCAGAUUAUCGCGAGGAAAACGUAUGGAAGCUCUGUCAGGACGUAGCGACUAGACAUCCUGCCGAAUUGCAACAUUGUCACGUCGUAUUCGUAAGCAACCCACGACGAAGCGUUCCCCUUUGGCGUCAACGAUCAGGGAAGGAUGAGGACAAAUUAGUCGUGUGGGAUUACCACGCUUUUCUCAUCUACGCGCCCGACGAAAGGGCGGUGGUGUACGAUUUAGAAAGCUGCCUGCCGUUUCCCACGCACUUCUGGAAGUACGCGACUGAAACCUUCCGAUCCGACGAGGCGUUGCGGCCUGAGUAUCACAGAAGAUUCCGCCUAGUGCCCGCCAGCGUCUACUUGCAGCAGUUCGCGUCGAAUCGGCAUCACAUGAAGCGUAAGGACGGCACUUGGAUCAAGACACCGCCAGAUUAUCCUCCGAUCUCGACACCAACCUGCAAGGAUAAUCUUGACUCGUUCAUCAACAUGGAACCAGGAAGCGGACUAGGCGUUGUAAUGAGUUUGAAACAAUUAGUUAACCGAUUUUAUAGGCCAAAUGUCAACACACAGGCGUCGACGCCGCCUCAGCCGCAAGCCACAGCAACUUAAGUCGUGAGUUGCGGUGCGACGUUCGUACGCUUUGAUUAAACAUCUUGAUGGAAAUCAAUUGUAUGGCCUAAGGAAAUCGGUUUGGUGCAUGCACCUUCGUGGGCUAAAAUACUUGAUCGAAAUUUGAUAAUAAAGUUAGUUAAUUGCUGCUACGGCAGAAUUUUAAAUAUAAAGUCGUUGUAUUGCUGUUUAAGCGGGGAUUCGCUCGAAAAUCGAGCUGGAAUCGAAAUGGUUUUAGCUAAACUAAAUUUGUUAUCGUGUUGUGAUGUUUUUGUCAAAGUUUUCAUCACAUUGUGAGUGUGAGCGCUUUAGAUAAUUCAGAUGAGUUUCUAUUGUUACAUAUUAUUUUUCUUGCCAUUCUAUCCUUGGUACGAAAACUUUGCGCGUAAAACCUUCGGGUAGCGUGAAAUCGAUAAAUACAUAAAAUAAUCAAUGCAAGUAUUAAUUAUUUAUCUGUUAUUUUUCACUGAAAUAUCCGGUUCUAGGUAGAAAGAUUUUUAAAAAAUCUCAUUUUAUCCACAAUCAAAAUCUACAUAUAUCGAUAAAGAAAACACGCACUCUUUGCAAUAUAAUAAUGGGAUUGACGUCUUAUUCUCCAUUCGAGUGAUUUGGCUUGCCGCGCAUGAAGAACGAUUCUGCUGAGCUGCUUUUUGAAUACUCUCGAUAAGUGCUUAUGCAUCGUAUUAAUGGACUCCAUCGAAAUCCAUUUUCUCUCUUCUACUAAAGUCUCCUUCGCAGAAUUUACCCGGUGGGAACGCUCUUCCCCCGGCAAAUGUAGCACAUUGCAUUUGAUCACCUUUCCGAACUCGGAAUCGUAUUUUAUAUAAGUACUUUCGUCUCCAUGCCAUAAAGCGAUACUUCUCAUGGCUUUAUUCUCUGUCAGUGGUGUUAUUAUAAUUAUUGUGUCAAAGACUGAUGUAUUUACAGAGGAUUAUCCGACUUGAUAGAGAUCCCUUUGUCUAUUGGCGCGUGCUUGAAGCGCGGGACGCGAUUAAAAGCGCUUAUAAUUACUGUGCGAUCGAUGUAGUAAGGUCAAGAACUUAAUCUUUGCGACAUAACGUAAUAAUUAUUACGAUUAUUGUAAUUCUUGUGAUACUUUACACUUUCUACUUUGAAUACCUACGCUAUACUUAUCUUACUGUUUAUACUAAAAGUCGAUUCUUAAGAGAUACAUGUUUGCUUGUUGAGCGGCUUCCCUAAUAGGUGCAUUAACUUGAAUGAAUACGCAACAUCGUCACGCGACCAAUUGUUAACAUCGAAGAACCUGUUGACUCAACGAACGCACGUCGCUUUAAUGACGAUAUAGGAACAAGUUUUACAACGAAAGCUUUAAAUUCUUUGUCUAUUCUAAUAAUAUUGCAGCGAAAUAUGUUCCAUUUGUUAAAGUUUAAUAUCUUAUUAUUUUUCUAUUUUACAUUUUAUAGAUCUUGAAUAUAUUAUUAAACCUACGUCAUUUACCUCUAUAUUCUAAAUUUUAUCAUAAACUUUUAUUUUUGCAGAUUUGCGAUUAACUCUUUGUGAUUCGAGUAUGAAUUAAUAAUGUACAUUUAAACGUUCGCAAUUACGGAGUGGCCUUGAUACAUCAGAAUAGCCAACUUGGAUAUGAGUGCAAAAUAUGUGUAAAAUGCUCGCCACCUCCGAUCAGCAUGAUGUAACCUUGGAACGCAAAGGGUUAAAUCGCGUGUUAUGUUAUGCGCAUUUUAUCAGAUGCGACAGCCUUGAAAGUUUAGCCUUUGUGUGGACUUUCUUCCCUCGACCCUCACGUGCUAUGCAUUACUUAAUAAUGGUGACGAUAUGGAACGUAAAAAUAUUUAUUCUCUCUUUUAAUUUCAUUAUUAGUUGCUCCACUCGGACGAGUGCAACAGGGAAGUUUAUCAACAAGCAAUUGCUAUCGAACUAUCGACUCGACGAGUUGGCGCCACGAAUGGUGUGCCAAUCAUUCUUGAGAAGAACCCACCGGUCGGGUCGAUAGUUUUAAGAGUUCGUCCACUCUUUGCCUUCCAAAGUCUCUCACUAGUUCACUCUACCUUUCUCAUCGACACAUGUUUACCUCCAGUUCGCAUAUAUCAUGUUACUACGAGCGUACGUACUUGUAAGCGGAGAAGUUUACGAUUUCGAAGUAUCUAGUCACCGAAAAUCGCUUUAGUGUAAAUUGUGCGACAGCAGUCUUCACGACGAAGGUUUCUUUUAAUGGACGCGCAACGCGUAAAAAAUUCGGGACCGAUCUUCUUAGCGAGUAAUCUCGAGAAACUUUAUCAAAAGACAAAAAUACCGAAAAAAAGAUUCUCUUUAUCGUUCAGACAAGAUAUUGCUAAUAUCAGAGCAAAACUAUUACGAUUAUGAUAUAUAUAUAUUGUACACAUAUACAUAUAUAUCGAUAUUUCAUAUUUAUUAUACAGAUAUAUUGUAAUUAUAUUGUAUCGAUUUCGAUACACCGAUAAGAGUUUAGUCGGAAAUGUUAACUUAUACAAUGUUUUAUAUAUAUACAUAUAUAUUAUAUAUAUAUUUGUCGGCGUUCGGUGACAUAUUCUCUUACCAUUGUCAUUUACGACCUGUAAACGCCCGGACUUGAAGAUCAUAAGUCUAUUGCCACGUUUUCGCAUAUUUGCAGAAUCAUGAAAACUUCUUUACGACCUUCUCCUUUCGAGUAUAUGAUGGGUUAUUAUAAUAAAUGGAUGCACUCCGUUCGUCUAAGCUUCGAAUUUUACAGAAUA